AUGGCACUCACUGCGACCGCUCAAUCGGCACUUCGAGAACCUGUAUGGGACGAGGAGAUCGUUCCGACUUUACGCAAACGCCUACAGAAUGAAAGCAACGUACUCGCGCGACGGAUCUCAGCCGUCUCGGUCGGCUCAGCCGACGACCAUACCGACAUGUACCAGUCAACCACUUCUCUAUCGCGUGAAGACGCGACCACGCCGUCAGCGCACCAAUACUCACAACCGCAGGACUCGAGCGCCGUGCCAAGGGCCAAUGACAAACAGGCCAGACCGAACGGCGAGAACGCGCAGUACUCCCAGUUCUCGCAUGCUCGCGCGCGCUCCCUCUCCCAGCCUUAUAUGCUCGACCCGCCCAAGAAGACCGAUAAGGUAGCAGGCUCUUCGGCAGCGACACCGCCCAUGACCAAUGGGGGUAGCGCGGGCAGGAUGGACGAACUGCACUCACUGGACGAGGGUCACGAAACGUUUCCCAUGCGCUCGACAGUGCGAAUACCACGUCACAACGCCUCGGACUUGUUCGACGAAGCACCACCGUUCAGCUCCUCGACGUCGUCUCGCAUCCAGUCGGAAGAUGAGGCUCUCGGUCGCGCAUCUAGCGACUCUGAAGAACGGCCGUUCGAGCAUUGGUAUCGUGGCGAUAUCUCGCGGAACGGAGGUGUCGGUGAGCUGCGGGUAGGUCGGCGCACAGAAAUGCUGGAUAUCGCCAACUACGGUCACACUUUGCGCAAUGCGUCGUCGCGCGUCGUGAACAACGGAUACCAACGAUCACGAUCGAACUCGCGAAGUAGGGACGCUGCUGGGAUGCGGCACGGAAGGCAGCGCUCCGAGAGUAUCAGCGCAACCGUAAGACAGGGCGCUUUCCUUGACGAGGAUGAACUUGCAGCACACGACGAAGUCUUGGAUGAGGAGUCGCCUGCUGAUGUGUAUAGCGACGGAUAUGAAGAGCCGAGCGAUCCGUACGAACAUCAUCCUGACGGUACAGCGUCUUCGCCGUCCCUGGCGCUCUACGCCGCUCAGAAUGGCACUAGCAUCACUGCGCGACAUCGACCUAGUCAAGUCGGCCAAUCUCGGAUACCGACCCCGUCGGCUCAUAGGGCAGCCGCCGCCGUAGAACCUCGCACGCCAACACCCACGAAGACCUACCGCAAUGUGCCAUCGCCCAGCACGACAACAUCCACGCCUUCUACUCCCCGCACACGCCAGGGUCUCCCUCGAUCACAGACCCAGCCCCCAAAGUCCACCCAGCGUCAGAAGACGUCAACGCCGUCAAGCUCCUCGUCGACGGCGAGGAAGCGAGGGGCUAGCCCUGGAGCAUCUACCUCCCUCAGCAGCGCAAAGAAGACCAAGGCGAACAAAAAGCCGCCUUCUUCUAUGCGGCGGACGGUCAAUAAGCAGGAGAACAGGAGAUCCAUUGGCCAGUAUCCUGAGCCCGAUGGGGACGACAUGAUGGACGCCAUUCCGUCGUGGACACAGCCUGUACCGCCUACAGGAAACUGGGACGAUGUCGUGCUACCUGUCGUUGCACGGAAGAAAGGGAUGGAGGGUCACUAUUCGACUGCGGAUGGGAGCCCGAAGCCACCGCAGCAGAGGGGCAGCGUGGUCUUCGAACCGGCCCCAGGGACAUUCGGAUUUGACCAUACGAAGUACCGUCGAAAUCCAGACACGGUUGCAGAUUCCAUACCCAUGGACGAAUUUGGCCAGAGGGUGGACGGAGAGCGGACGGGACAGUUCAUCAUGGGCGAGCAGCCGAGACCCCAGCCUUCCAGCCUCACUCGCUCACGCUCACGUCCCGACCCUCCGCCGUCGCCUCCUCCCUUCGCACAUUAUACCAACGCGGAACCUGCACCUCUACCCACACCAACACCCGCGUCACACGCUGUGGAGGUGCGGAAGGAGAAGCCCGGCAACGACGACGACGACGACGCCGGAGGCUGCUGUAAAUGUGUCAUCAUGUGA